CCAGCCCAGGCGCUGCGGGGAGCCGCUCCGUUCCCUGCUCAGUCGGGACCGGGAAGGGCUCGGGGUCGGAUGGGAGCCGUGGAGAGGAUCGUCCUGGGUUGGAUCUAAGCUCCAGGAGAUGGCUCCCAGCUUUAAAGGCAAGCGGAAAAAGAAGCCCGUUCCUACGAUGGAGGAGGAGAACCCUACGGUUCUAGAUCCAAGUCCGGAAGAAGACGUUGCAGCCGGAAGCCCGUGCACGUCAGAGGAGCAGCAAAACAUUUCGGGAACGCUGGGAGAUGCAGUGAGUGAAGAAUCUCCUCCGUCUAAGCCGGAAAAUGCGUCCGAAUCCGAGCGGAAGAGUCCGGCCGAGGAAUCAGGAGACGAGACCGUGCCGUCCAGCGAGAAGGAAGAAGAGCAGACCUUUUUGGUCAAUCUCUACAGGUUCAUGAAGGACCGGCACACGCCCAUCGAGAGAGUUCCUCACUUGGGUUUCAAGCAGAUUAACCUCUUUAAGAUCUACAAAGUUGUGGAAAAGAUGGGAGCUUACGAACUGGUGACCGGGAGGCGACUUUGGAAGAAUGUCUAUGACAUGUUGGGGGGCAGCCCCGGAAGCACAAGCGCCGCCACUUGCACCCGGAGACACUACGAGAGGCUGGUCCUCCCUUACGUCCGGCACUUGAAAGGCGAAGACGACAAGCCUUUGCCUCCCGUCAAACCCCGGAAACAGUACAAAGUCUCGAAGGAGCCGAAGGGGGAGCGAGGGAAUGAGAAGAAAAGGGCGAAAAAGGAGAAGGUCCUCCAAGAGAAGCUGAAAACAGACGUUGUUGUGGCUUCGUCCGGCAACUCUUCCAACUGUAUUGACCAAAGUCAAGAAGAAACGGAGGGCCGGUCUGCUCCUGCCAAUGGCCGGGAGACAUCUGAGAGCCGACCCACGGGUGACUGCAAUUGCCGGGGCUCUGGUUCCUCCGAGGCCUACAAGCGGCUCUUCUCCAGCUUCUACUUCAAAGGGAACCACGGCAUCAUGUCCCCCUUGGCCAAGAAGAAGCUUCUGGCCCAGGUGAGCAAGGACGAGGCCUUGUGCCGACACCUCAGUGACUGCCCGCAGUACAAGAAGCCUUGGGUUCACGAGGUGCCCGCUUUGAGCCCGGAAACCGGUACUAAGACCCACAAAGAGGGGUCAAACCAUAGGGUGGAGGACUUGAAGGGGUCUGGGACCCCGAACGGUUCUUCCCAGCUCUUGAAAGAAAACGGAGGCGUCUCCAAGGUCUCUCCGACCAUCAGGACUAGCCAGAAAGUGGACGAUGGCAGCUCCCGGGGCCACCCGUCACCGUCUUUUCGAGGCUCUUUCUACACGUCCCGAAGCGACAUCGUGAAACCGGUGAGUUGCCACCCGAUCCGCGGACCGUACUUCACGACUUUGAGGGAGCUCUCCGAGGCGCCCUAUUUGCCGUCGGUUCAGAAAAGGUCGGACGGCUCCGAGGAGCAGCCGGAAGAUCUCCGCAAACGGCCGAGUUUGUCGUCUUGGAGAAGCGACUCCCAACAGCCCUCGGCUUUCCAACCGAGCAGUCAGCGGGGCUCUUCAUUCGCCCCCAACAAGACGUCUUGGGUGACCAACUUGGCGAAAGUCAACCCGCAGGUGUCGAAACCGUCCGGAGCGUCGCUUCCUCCAAGUUUGGUCCAGAAGAAACGAGCCUUGGAGGACGACGUCCUCCGACAUGGCAAGAAACUCAAAGCCGUCUCCCCUUUCGUUGCGGAUGCCGAAUCCCCGAACGGUCAGCAAGGACUGGCCAAGGCUGCCGUUGCGAAUCCCUGCUUCUCGGCUCCUCGGGCUCCGGAGAUGUACAAAGGGACGAUGCUGCGGCUGCCGGUGAAUUUUGACAACGCCGGCGACCGCUCGAAGGGACAACCGCCAUCACUCAUCCCGUCCCUCUCGGUCAGCCCCUUCCUCAUCCCCGCCUUCCCCACCCCCAUAUUAACUGCCUCACUCCAGCCCUCGGACCUUUGCCACCCGGUCGCGUCCGGCCUCAUUCACUACCCCACCUCGUAUGACGGCGCCAUGCGCCAACGGCUCUAUCCGGUUUCGACGUGGCACAGCCAGCCCGCCUAUGCCACGUCUCACGUCCCCGCUUACCAUCGGAACACCAAGCUGUAGCCACAGAUUUGGGCCACAUCCACACUGACCAUUUAAUGCCAGUACAGUAGAGUCUCACUUAUCCAACAUAAACAGGCUGGCAGAACGUUGGAUAAGUGAAUAUGUUGGAUAAUAAGGAGGGAUUAAGGAAAAGCCUAUUAAACAUCAAAUUAGGUUAUGAUUUUACAAAUUAAGCACCAAAACAUCAUGUUAUACAAAAAAAAUUUGACAGAAAAGGUAGUUCAAUACAUGGUAAUGCUAUGUAGUAAUUACUGUAUUUACAAAUUUAGUACCAAAAUAUCAUGAUGUAUUGAAAACAUUGUCUACAAAAAUGUGUUGGAUAAUCCAGAACAUUGGAUAAGCGAGUGUUGGAUAAGUGAGUCUCUACUGUAUUGAAGAAAGGAGUUUCACUGUGCAGACGAUGACAUUCGUUUGAGACUGGGAUGGUGGUGACUGAUGCACAUUGAGAGCUUUCAUUUGCACUGUUUUAUGGGAGUCAUAGAAUUACUACUUAGGACAGUGGUUCUCAACCUGGUGUCCCCAGAUGUUUUUGGUCUACAAUUCCCAGAAAUCCCAUCCAGUUUGCCAGUGUCGCACCUCAGAAUAGUUCACCUUGCUAUAGACACUCAGUCAGACAUAGGAGAAAGUCUUUUGUAGUUUUAUUAAGCAAAAGCAGAUAUAAAUCAAAGCAGGCAAUAAAAAGUCAAUAAAAAUCCAUUAGUCGAUGAGCCAUAAUAAUCCACAAGUCCAUAAGCCAAAACAGUAACCAAUAAAUCCCAAAGAACCAAGGCCCAAAGGUUUCAAAGAUCCAGGAACAAUAAUCUUUUCUUCCCCGCCAAUCUCACACUCCUACGAGGCUGAACUCCCUUCCAUAACAACCGGUCCGCCCUAGAUAAUUCAAGGUCCUCGUUGUCUCGCACCUGAACCGGGGCUUGAGACAUCUCUUGCUCAUUAAUUCCCAUGGGAAUGUCAUUCUGGCUGUUAUCUACGGCUUGUGGGGUCAACGGUUCAUUCUGCUCAAACUGCAUUUCUUGAGCCUCUGAAUCAGCCUGUAUUCUCAUUCCCGUGCCAUCAUCCUGAAAUUCAUCCUGCAUCCCAUCGUCUGACUCAUCUGGCUCUUGUAUCUGAAACCCAGAAUCCCCUUCUUCAUCCUCACUCUGGCUAUGCUGUGGCUGAGUCACAACAGCCAGAUGUUAGGAUUUCUGGGAAUUGAAGGCCAAAAACAUCUGGGCACCCCAGCUUGAGAACCGCUGACUUAGGAGAAUGGCCAAGAAUUGCACUCCAGCCAGAUCUGGAGAUGAUGGGAAUUGGAGUCUAGUCAUCUCUAGAGCUAAUGGCCAAAGUAGUAGUAGUAGUAGUAAUAAUAAUAAUAAUAAUAAUAAAUAAAUAAAUAAUCAAUAGACAUUGACAAAAUUACGAUCUGCCAACUGCAAAAGGCCACCCUACUGGGAUCUGCGUGCAUCAUCUGAAAAUACAUCACACAGUCCUAGACACUUGGGAAGUGUUCGACUUGUGAUUUUGUGAUACAAAAUCCAGCAUAUCUAUCUUGUUUGCUGUGUCAUACAAUAUUAUUAUUAUUAUUAUUAUUAUUAUUAUUAUUAUUAUUAUUAUUAUCAUCAUGUACAUAACAACACAGCACACGUGCACAUUAGGUCCAAGUGUCCGGGAUUUGUCUCUGAAUAUCUGGCUCUUCUUGAGGGCCUAGGAUAUUGGAGAUAUUUUUGUAGUAGAGUCUCACUUAUCCAACCUUUCUUCUCCAAUGUUCUGGAUUAUCCAACGCAGUCUGCCUUUUAGUAGUCAAUGUUUUUGUAGUCAAUGUUUUCAAUACAUUGCAAUGUUUUGGUGCUAAAUUAGUAAAUACAGUAAUUACUACAUAACAUUAUUAUGUAUUGAACUGCUUUUUCUGUCGAUUUGUUGUAAAACAUGAAGUUUGGGUGCUUAAUUUGUAAAAUCAUAACGUAAUUUGAUAUGUAAUAGCCUUUUCCUUAAUCCA